AUUAAUAAGAAGUAAACAAGACAUGCAGAUUGAAUUGAAGCAAAACGUGUCAGCUACGGAGUGGUGUAGGAAAGGAAACACACAGGAAUUGUGAACCCACCGCAUGCAAUCCAAAUCACCCCUAACCCUAACCACAACACUACAAAGUCAAGUGCGUUCUAUGGUAUUUUUAAAAUCCCACUAUCUAUCAUACGCCGGAGACGCGCAAUACGCACCCCACAGUUAGGUUUUCCCUUUCCCACCUCACGACGCAUGACCAGUGCGUUGUGCGCACUUUGCGUAUCAAAGUCCAACUCCUUCACCUUCUCUCUCCUCAGUGGUUAAACUGCGUUGACUGAGAUAAAUCUAAAUCCCACACUUUUUUCAUUUCUUUCAUUUUUUCCCCCCUCCUCUUUAUUAAUACAACACAGCCUCCACUUGCCGGAAAAUCUUCGACGGUAACUUUUUCCGAUCAUUACUCUCUUUGUUUGGCCUUUUCGCUUCCCUUCUUUCAAACGCUUUAACUUCUCUCUUCCGUUCCGUUCCGUUCCGUUCUCGCAUCAUCUUAAACUAGGGUUCCCGGAAACCCUAGCCUUGGUUGGUUGCCAUAUCUGCUCCAUGAGUUUGGGAGAAACCUUACUGGAGCUAUUCAGAUUCAGCUGGUUCAGAUAAACGAAGGCGUUUCGCUCUGCGAUUUGGUGUUUUUUUUUUCGAACAUGAAGAGAUUGAGGUCGAGCGAGGAUCUCUACUCCUACGGCGGAGAUAAGAGUAAUAAUAGUUGCAAGGAUUCGAACAAUCUUAACCGUUCGUUUUCGUCGGCGCAGCGGAGCUUCUACUACAAGCAGGAGAAUGCGCGCAAGGGUUUGGUCUCGUCGUCUUCGUCGUCGUCAUCACGGUACGAGAGGGAUCGAACGGUGGAGGAGGAUCGGGAGGGUUCGCGGCUGGUUCGGAAGCGAUCGGAGCACGAUUUCGAGGGUUUCGAUCGGAGGAAGGGGUUCGAUCGGUACAGGGAGAGUGACCGGAGUUUGAUUCACCGGUCGGAGAGUUUCUGCGGCGGUGGAGGGUUGCGGAGGGAUCAGUUUCCGAAGGGGUUUCGGUCGGAGAGGGAGCGAUCGCGGAGGGAGGGGAGCGUGUCGUCGUGGCGGCGAGGGUUGAAGGAUUUUGAUGAUAGAGAGAGGGUGGUGCGUUCUCCCAAGGGUUUGAGGGAUGUGAAGUCUCCGUCGUGGUCGAAGGAUUCUGUUUCUGAGAGCGAGCAAUCGAAGAAGAGGUCUUCUUCUUCUCCGAGACCAUUCAGAGAUGGUAACUCCGUCAAGUCUAAGUCCAAGUCUCCCACUUGGUCCAAGGAUUCGGAGAGCGAGCUGUCCAAGAGUGUUGAGGUGAAGAAGGUUGAGGAGGAGUUGUUGCAGCAGGUUCAGAGUGGGAGUGGGAGUGGGAGUGGUAGUGAGAUGGAAGAAGGGGAGCUUGAGCCUGAACCCCAAGCGGAAACGGUUCCUCCUGUGACUGAAGGCCUGCCCUCUGUUGCUAUGGAGACUGAUGAGAAGCAAGUUCAGAAGAAUGAAUGCCACCCUAAUGAUGGUGACACUGAUGCUGCUGUGGAGGAGGAAGGGAAACCUAACGAGGAGGAUGGAUGUUGUGAGGUAAAGGAUGGAGAGAAGAAGAAAGAAGCUGAUGAGAUGGCAGAUGUUCGGGAUGAUCAGACUGAGAAAAUGCUUGUGACUGAGACUGAAGUUGAGUCUGUGGGUAAUGGUGAUGAUGAUAAAAAGGAGGAGGCUUUGGAUGCUGGUGCUGAGUAUGAGGAGGAAACAAAGAAGGGUGCGUGUGUGGAGGAGGAGAAGGAGAAGAAGGUGGCGUUGAAUGAAGAGGAGGAUAAGAAGGACAAGGGCAAGGACAAGGACAAGGACAAGGGCAAGGGUGUAGAUCUAGGAACCAGCACGGAUGUUCUCAAACCUGAGUUAAAUGAUGUAGUAUCGACAGGAAAUGAGGUUCCAAAGGAAGUGGAUAGAGAAAUGAUGAUGGAGAAUGUGAUCAAUAUUGCAAAGGAUAAAGGCAAAGGUGUCUCUGUUGCACUUGUACCUCCUACUGAUGUUGUUCAUGCUUUAGAUGAUGGCUUGUGGUUGGAUAGAGAGUCGAGAGACCUCCUGACGUGUUCUGUUGAUGUUAUAGAAGGUCCAAGCACAAGGGGAUUCGAGUUGUUUUCCAGAUCUCCUGUUAGGAAAGUGGAGAAAGUAGACCACUCAGUUCUCAACAAGCACAAGGAUGACAUGGAGCAGCUUGAUCUUACUCUUAGCUUGCCGAAUGUUCUGUUACCUAUUGGUGCUCAUGAGACAACAUCGCAAAUCCCUGGAUCCCCCAGUCAAGCACGGAGUGUGCAGUCUUUAAGUAAUACAUUUUGUACUAACUCAGAUGGUUUUACUGCAUCGAUGUCCUUUUCAGGUUCCCAAUCAUUCUAUCAUAAUCCAAGCUGUUCUCUGACAAAAAAUUCAGUGGACUAUGAACAAUCUGUUGGCAGUCGCCCCUUAUUUGGGGGAAUAGAUCAAGUUUCCCAGGGAUGUUGGCAAGGUCAGUCUCAGAGCGAUCCCAAACAGAAAGAAGUUCCUUUUGGUCAAAGAACCUCGGCGAAUGGAAAUGGCUCCCUUUUCCAGUCUCAGGCAUCAUGGGGUGUUUUAGACAGUCAAGCUGUGAAGGGUCAACAUUCCAGGGUUCUAGAAGGAAGUUCAAAAAUGGGCAGUGGACUUGACAGGCAAUUGAGUUUUCAUAAGCAGUUUUCAGGCCAGUCAAGACGCCAUGAUGAUGUUAGAUCUCCGUCACAGAGUGUUGGGUCUCAUGAUAUUGGAUCAAAUUAUAGCUUUGAGAAAAAGAGAGAGGUAAGAGACAGGGGUAGUGGUAGUCUGUAUCGAACUACCGGCCAGAAGGAACAAGAGCAACUUCUGAUGGGUGGAGUUGAUUUUGUUGAGACAAUCAUUGCAAGAAUUGUUUCUGAACCUGUUCAAGCAAUGUCUAGAAAGUUUCAUGAAAUGACCGGACAGUCCAUAGUAUGUCUGAAGGAGGGUAUUCGUGAAAUCAUGCUUAAUGCAGAUAAGCAUGGGCAGAUACUUGCUUUUCAAAAAGUUCUGCAGAACAGGUCUGAUAUAAUCUUGGAUGUCCUAUUGAAGUGCCACCGAGUGCAACUGGAAAUUUUGGUUGCUUUAAAAACUGGUUUGACUCAUUUUCUUCACCUGGAGAGCAGCAUUUCAUCUUCUGAGUUGGCUCAAAUUUUUCUGAACUUAAGGUGUAAGAAUCUUUCAUGUCGAAGUCAGUUGCCUGUGGACGAAUGUGAUUGCAAGGUUUGUGCAAAGAAGAAUGGUUUUUGCAGGGAGUGUAUGUGCCUUGUGUGUUCAAAGUUUGAUAAUGCCUCAAAUACAUGUAGUUGGGUUGGAUGUGAUGUUUGCCUUCACUGGUGCCAUACUGACUGUGGAUUACGGGAAUCUUAUAUUAGAAAUGGGCAUGGGACAAAAGGGAUGACCGAGAUGCAGUUUCACUGUAUUGCUUGUGAUCAUCCUUCUGAGAUGUUUGGCUUUGUCAAGGAGGUGUUUCAAAAUUUUGCAAAAGAAUGGUCAGUUGAAACACUUUGCAAAGAGCUUGAAUAUGUAAAAAGAAUUUUUUCUGCCAGCAAGGAUAUGAGAGGGAGACGGUUGCAUGAGAUUGCAGAGCAAAUGCUGCCAAGGUUGGCAAAUAAGUCUAAUCUCCCUGAGGUUUUGAGGCACAUCAUGUCUUUUCUUUCGGAUGGUGAUUCUUCCAAAUUACCCAUGACAACAAACUUUUCUGGGAAGGAACAAAUUAAAGAAAACAAUGGAGUAGCUGGGCCCAGCCCGGAAGCAGCUUGGAUGAAAUCUAUUUAUUCAGAAAAGCCACCUCUGUUAGAAAGGCCUGCAAAUAUCCUUCCUACCUUCGACCAGAAUGAUAAAAGAACUCUUGUGCAAGAAUUUCAGAUGAGUAGUAUCCAGAAGGACUUCUGUUUUGAUGAAUUGGAGAGUAUAGUAAAAAUUAAACAGGCAGAGGCUAAAAUGUUUCAAUCACGUGCUGAUGAUGCUAGAAGAGAAGCUGAAGGGUUGAAGCUCAUUGCCCUUGCCAAGAAUGAGAAAAUUGAGGAAGAAUAUACCAAUAGAAUUGCCAAGUUGCGAUUGACUGAGACUGAUGAAAUUCGUAAACAAAAAUUUGAAGAAGCCCAAGCAUUAGAGAGGGCACAUCUGGAGUAUUUGAACAUGAAAAUGAGAAUGGAGACAGACAUUAAAGAUCUGUUAUCCAAAAUGGAAGCUACCAAAACGAGCCUUGCCAUGUGAUCAAAAAAAUAAUCUAGAAUAGUACUUUCAGGUAAAUAUAUUAUGUCCCAUCCUGAAAUUUGUAGAUUCUGAUGUCACCAUCUUAUUGUUGUCAGCUACUUCAGUCCUGAUCCGUAGUUGUAUCUAUUUGUUGUUGUAGUUCGUCUUGCUUUUAAGCUGCUAACCAAAACCUGUAGAGUUCAUCAGUUAUUAGUCUUGUGAAACAAUCAGUUAUGAAAGCAAUUUAAAAUAGAUUAUCAUUCAAGCGCACUUACAACAAUGCCCAGCUUGUGGAUGGGUUUGCUGUACAGGCUCUUUUGUACUGACUGUCAGCAGAUGGAGAUUAUAAAUUUAUAACUAUAACUUGGUGGCUAUUGUACUUUGAUCGUUGCCAUCAAGUCAUGACCUCAUUACUGUUUUAUUUUGUCAAAUGAUAAUUUCAUGGUUAUCUCUGCA